AUGCCCGCCCGCACCCUCCAGCAAGUGCUGCCCUACUCUGUGGCCGUCGCCGGCCUCCAGCCGCCAUCGGCGUUUGUCCCCGCCGCCGCGCCCCCUGGCGCCGCUCCCGGCGCCGCCAGAGCGGCAGCGGUACCGGCAGAAGCUGCCGGGCAGCCGACGUGCUUCCCCUCCAUCGCCGCCGCCAUCGACGGCACCCCGCAGCUCUCCAUUCUGCGCACCCUUGUGGAAGUGUCAGGGUGGAACUUCCUCAACCCCGCCCAGAACGUGACCCUGUUUGCCGUGGGCGACGCCGCCCAGCAGCUGGCCAUCGCUGGAUACUUCGAGCCGGGGCGGGAGGAGCUGCAGCAGCUGCUGGGGGAGGUGGCGCGCGACACGCGCCUGCUGCACGCCAGCCUGGCAUACGCCAUCGCGGUGGGGGCGGGCGGGCUGAGCCUGGCAGACCUGCACCAGGAGGGCGCCGUGGGCGUGGCCGGAGAGUGGGGCAACACCACCGCCGCCAUCGUGCAGCCCGACAUACGCACCUGCGGCGGCAGCGUCAUCCACGUCAUCGACGCCGGCCUCACCGCCCGUACCCCGCUGGUGGAAGCGUAUGAGGCUGGGACCCCGGUGGGUGAGCUGGAUCUGGCAGCGGGCUCCCAAGGCUACUCCCCUGCAGAGGCCCAGGCUGAGCUUGACGCCACCGGUCCUGCCAGCUCAGCACCCGCUGCCAGCUCAGCACCCACUGCCAGCUCAGCAGCCAGCUCAGCGGCCGGCCAGGCGCCCCAGGCACCCCCGCCGCCGCCGCCGCCGGCAGCGGACGGCGCUGCUGCCACCGACGGCGGCGCCGCAGCGGCGGCGCCGCCGGCGCCGGCGCCGCGCGAGGGGCAGCCGCCCAGGCGCUCGGCCCCGGCGGCGGCGCGCCUGCGCCGGGCCAGCCGGCCCUGCAGCUUCCGGCUGGCUCCUCGGUCGCCAUCCAGGCCACCCCGGGCGCCGCUCCCGCACCGCCGCUCCCACAUGGUGCUGCGCCAUGCCCCCAGCCUCUCCAAGCUCUGCCUGAUGAGCAUGGGCAAGCUGGAGGCUGAGGCGGCGGUGAGCACGGAGUCUGACGUGGCGGCGGUGGUGGCCUCCCUGCGGGACCACCCUUCGCUCAAGCAGGUGCUGCUGCCUUCGCUGGAUGGACACAGGAGCCAGCUGUACAUCGCCGCCCUCAACGUCCUCAUCGGCAUCUCCCGCUCGCCCCGCCUGGAGGUGCGGGCGGUGACCUACCACGGCAUCUGCAACGAAUGGCUGGACUGGCUGCGGGAGCAGGACGCGGCGGAGGCGCGGCGCUAG